AUUAGAUGGAUUGUUUGAAACAUAUCUGAUUUUGAAAUGGAUGACACACAAGUAUUCUAUAGCCGAGUCACCCUUCAUGACAUUUUCAACUAUCUCGGAUAUUCGAAGGUAAAGUCUGAAAAGAGAGUGAAAAUAUAUGACAAUGCAAGUAGGUGUUUGGAGCGUGUAAUGAUAAGAAAUUGGUAUGAAAGCGUUGAAAUAUAUGUUCUUGGAAGUCGUGGAGAAGGUAUAGCUGUUGCCUUAGGUAGUGAUAUGGACAUAUUAAAGCUACAACCAGCUGUUAUGUGUUUCAAAACGUUUCCUGUAGAAAACGAUGAGAUAAUUGACAAAUAUGUUGCUACGUUUGAAUUACACUUUGAUGAUGUUCCUGAGGGAUACGUUAAGUUGCAUUUAAAAACAAUACAAAAUAUUCAAUUGCCCGACAAAUACAAUCAAUUAGUUAUGAGAAUCACAAAAGCAUUAACAAAUGAAAGGUAUUUAAAAAAUAACGAACGAAUCAUCGAGGCUGUAGAAUAUAAAGUUGAAAAUAAUGUCCGAAUUGUAGGAUGGAUCAGUGAACACUUUCAACUAGAAGAAGCCAAUGGGCCUGCACAGCCGCUUCAGUUUCAUUUACCUAAGUUGGGUCAUCAUUUGUCAAUAGAUAACGUACCAGCUUUUCCCUGUGAAUAUCCGUCUUUCUUUAACGAGUGGUUCGAACGGGUUCAAGAUAAGUCCUGGCCUAGUGAAGAGACAUCGAUGCAAGUAAAGGAAUCAAAAUUAUUUGUUGUACCCGUUGGCUUAGCUGAAAGUAAUGCAGAAGAAUUACAAUGGAGGAUUUCUUGUACACUUGCAGAAAGAUUGUUGGUAAGGUCCUUCAGUGAUGCGCAAAUUAAAGCAUAUACUGCAAUGAAAAUGAUUUUGAAACAUGUACUGAAACCUGUUUGUGAACAUAUCACUUCCUACCAAGUAAAGAAUGUUAUGUUCUGGGUAUACGAGAAUAUCAAAAAUAUCCUGAACAUUGCAGAUUUCAAUGAAAUUCUGAUUGACGCCAUAGACUUUCUAAAACAAUGUCUUGAAGUAAGGUGUCUCCAGCAUUACUUUAUACUUUCAAGGAAUCUGAUGUUUGAAAAAAUAUCAGAUAAAGAACGCAGCUGUUUAUUUGAUCGCUUCAAUGAAAUUCAAAUGGAUCUAAGAUCCGUUCUACGACGAUGUCCUUUGAUAAAUGAUAUGUACACUCUACCGGAAGAUGAAGUGCAGAAAAGGUUGCUUUUUAGGAAUCUGGUUGACGAGUUAUUAACAGCAGUUCUAUCCAUUGAUCCUGAAAAAUUUGAAACAGUUGAACAUUUAUUCCAUUGUGCAAAAUCCGAAGUCGAAUUAAUCGAGCUCUUGAGGAAAGAAGUGCUACCUGUCGUGAGGCAAAACAAUCCAUUCGAAUACUUCGAGCUUAUAUCAUUAAAAAGUGACGAAGACAUUCUGGGUAUUAUUAUGCAAGGGAUCUAUCAAGGUUACGCCAAAGAAUGGCUCGAAUAGCAUGUGUUUUCACACAAUGUCAUUUUUGUACAGGUAAUAGGUAUAAAACCUGAACGCGAAUAAAACUGUUGUCAUUCAUUUUUCACUUCAUAAGACUAAGUGUAAUUGUAACUUACAUAUUUGAACACGUUUGAAACGUUAGUUGUGAUUAAUAACAGAAUAUUAUUCUCUUGGAUAUAUAUUUCAAUAUAACUUUGGAGAAACCGGUAUAUAAAAUAGUAUAUCUUAGCAUUCAUCAAUAUGUUUUUAAACCUCGAAUGUAGUCUGAUAUUGAGAAUUUGUCCUUCUUGUAGAUUCUAGAGUCUUUUUGAGUAUAAUUUGAAUGUUGAUAUAUUUUACAUAUUUAUGGUAUGCUGAAUCCGGUAAAGGAGGAUACAAACAGAAAACUAAAUAUUGAAAAUUGAACUUACCAUUUAAAGUAACCACAAAAAAUGUCACCAAAAUGUUUAUUCUUUUAACGAAUGUCAAAAUCAUUCGUGAGAGCGACGACUUGGAUAGUGUAUUUAACGUGAUUUUUUUUAUUUUGCCAGUGUGUUUUAUUAAUACAACAAUGCACGAAAUUCAAUGAUAUUAUUGUCUUGAAUAUAGAAUUACGUUAAUUCUUAAACAUUUAUCAAAAUACUCGGUUACAUUACAUUAAAAUAAACAGAUUAAAUGUGACUGAGACCUUUUCUUACAAGAAAACGCCGAUUUCGUGAAAGA